AUGACUGAAAUAUCUUCUGGAAAAAAAUCAUUUGAUGGCAUUCCGUUUGAUAUUAUACUUGCUAUAAAAAUUCUUAAGGGAAAUAGACCAGAAUUUGGUAAAGGAACUCCAAAAUGCUAUGUGAAAUUGGCCAAAAGAUGUAUGGAUUCUGAUCCAAAUGAACGACCAACUGCUACAAUUAUCAGCUCAAGAAUCGUCGCUUGGAUUGAUGAGAUGGAACAGAAGGAUGAAAAGGAACAGAAGGAUGAUUAUGAUAUCAAAAAACAAUUCUUAAAAGCUGAUAAAUUAAUACCAAAAAUCGAAACACCGACUUAUCCAAGCCAUAUUUAUACGAGCAAACUGAUUGACACAAAAGAGAUAAACAAAGCUUUAAACUAA